CACACCUUAUGGCAAAAAUCUUUCUUUAAACACACACACACACACAUACACACACAGCGUAACAUUACCCUGAAUCAUCCUGACCCCAUUCAGCCUCCCUGCAUAUCCAUGGGUUCUAGGGCAGGCAAUUUAAUAAAAGCAUCCCCUGCAUUGGCCCAUCAGACACAUCUGUGGACUGGGUCCUACCCGAGCCUGCCAGUGUGUGAUUCCUGAAAUGAUUCCAGGAGCCACAGGGAAGGAAGCUCCUAAUGGCUCCUGCCAAGGUCAUUUCUUUGCUGGGAUUUUCUUUGCCAGGGAGGUGUAUGACCCUGGAAUCAGUGAAUUCCAUUCCUGCCUCCAUGGCUUCCAGUCUGUUUCCUCCUCUGCAGAAUGAAAAUAGCCUCACCAAAUCGGUGCACUUCCGAACCCCUUCCCGAGAGCAACCGGGACCCCCAGGCAGGUUUGCCAAGGAGUCUCCUACCGACAGCAGCCACAGGGUUGGACCAUGGGCUCUCUCACUGGCAGCCAGGUAAGUCUCCUCCCCAGGUCGUCCUCCCGUGCAGCGCCCCGCCUGCUGCAGGUCAGGGCGGGCCUGGUGGCUCGGGAUGCCAGGCCAUCUGAGGUUCAGAAGUGGCAGGGCUGAACCAUGGGGAAGAAGCGCGACGCCAUCCUGGACGCGCUGGAGAACCUGACCACGGAUGAGCUCAAGAAGUUCAAAUUGAAGCUGGGGGCGGCGCGGCUGCCCGAGGGCUUUAAGAACAUCCCGCGGGGGGCGCUCGGGCAGCUCGACGCCGUGGACCUCACCGACAAGCUGGUCUCCUUCUACUGCGAGGACUACGCCGCCGAACUCACCGCGGCCGUGCUGCUCGACAUGGGCAUGCGGGAGGAGGCGGCUCGGCUUCAGGGGGCCGCAUAAAAACGGACCCGGUAGGGAGUUCUGGGGUCAUCAGCAGAGGAGACUGGGAGUCCAGGAGAGGAGGAGGGCGGUGCAUACGAAGCCCGCCCCGCGCCCCAGUCACUCAAGACAACGGCCACGCCUUCCCGGCGAAGACCGGGACCCCUCUGCGCCUCCAGACAGCGCCUCCUCGCGCCUCCGCACCUGUCCUUUAUUCUUCCCCAGCCCAAUAAAUACUUAAUG